AAAUCCCAAGCCCAAAGUCCAAACCCGUUUAUGACUUAGGUGUUAGGGUUAGAGAAUAGGAUCCAAUUUUCAAUCUUCCAAUUUUCACUCAGUCUUAUCACUUCUCUCUCAUUAUUCACAAUUUUUGCUGAAAUCUCAUUAGUGAAGCUCAAUUUUUGCUGAUAUUCUGUAGAGACCAAAGACAAUUUUUGCUUUUGCUCGAAGCCUCGAUCUCAUUCUUACAAGUCUUCUUCUCCAUCUUCAAUUUCUGUCCAAUUUUCGAUAUAUUAUAGAGAUUACUAUUAAAAAUUUGGAGGACUCCAAAUUUUUGGGGCCUAAAGCAAAGGCUUUAUUAGCUUUACCUUGAGCCACCCCUGACUGGCUUUGAAUCAACGUGUUUAGGUCUUGCAAGUGACUGGUCAUUUGAGGAAAUGAGCUGCGUUGCCAUAAACAGUUCCCAUCUAAAUGCUUCCUUUCCAUCACUUACUGCUCCAAAAAGGACCUCAAAAACGACCACAUUAUCUUCAAUUUAUCUCGGUACAAAACUCCCGAAAAUCUUCCUGAAUGCGGAAGUAGGUGUAUUCAGACCACAGCAGCUGUGCAGAACUGUAUGCUUAUUUGGUGGCAAAGGGAGGGCAAGCAAUGACAAUGAGGCUUCUCCAUGGAAAGCUCUUGAGAAAGCCAUGGGAAAUCUGAAGAAGGAAAAGUCAGUUGAGGAUUUAUUGAAGCAACAGAUUGAAAAACAAGAAUACUAUGAUGGAGGAGAUGGUGGUGGAGAUCGUCCAGGUGGUGGCGGUGGAGGUGGCAGUGAUGGUUUUGGUGGAGCAGAGGAUGAAGGCAUUCCAGGGAUCUUGGAUGAGCUUAGACAAAUAGUCUUGGCAACUAUGAGCUUCAUAUUUUUGUAUAUCUACAUAAUUGAAAGAGAGGAGAUGACAGUGUUCACAAGGGAUAUUCUCAAGUUUAUCUUUCUAAGGCAAAAGAGUAUUCGUCUUGGGCGCACAAUUGCACGGUGGGAGAGCUACUUCAAAAGCCUGUCCAAGAAAGAAGUAGAUCCAUAUUGGUUGGAAAAGGAGAUUCUUAAUACCACUACUUGGUAUGACAGCCCCACAAACUAUAGGCAGAUUCUCAGACUGGUGCAAUCCGAUUCUUAUUAUUGAUAUAUGAAACCUUUUCAGCUUUAUCAUCUCUGUGCUGUCAAAUUUUGUACUGGUUUAAACAGUUUUUUACUGCCUGUUUGAAUAAACAGAAAACAAAUUUUGCGUCA